CUCAAAGUUCGCAUAAUCAAGACAUAUAGCUGUAAAUUAAUUGUAUCCUAACUAGGGUGGCUAUACGGUCCAGUCUGGUUAAAUUGGACCAAAUUGAUCCGGUCUCAGUCCGGUCUUUUCGGGAAUAUAAGGACCAAAGAUUGGAUUGGAUAUAGUCCGGUCUUGAUCCGGUCCGGUCCCAAUUUGAUCUUGAUUUUAGGUGUUGGGGGUCUCUUAUCCAGUCUUUAUCCGGGUUUUUACCUCAAAUCUAAGCCCGAAUAUGAGAUUGGAUUGUUUGUUAUCCGGUCCAAGUUCGGGUUAUAAGGUCCGGUUUCGGGUAAAACCAAACAGUCCGGACCAAAUAGCCAGCCCUAAUCCUAACAUGUGGCAUUAUCGUUCAACCACUUUCUUAACCGUCAUCAAGAAAUGUCUCCAAGAGAUAGGGAAAUGUUUGGGAACCAGAGAGAAGAAGACAAAAGAGAAACAAAAUCCGAUCCUUUGUUGAGAUGUCAAGAUGGUAUUUGAUUGAGAUCGGGCCGGCAGCCGGCCGGUGGCCGGGGGUUUAAUUAUUAUGAAAGCAAAUCAUGAACAGAUGCCGCCAUGCUUGCAAAGUCUCCGACGUUGUCAACGUCGAGUAGUGUAGAUGGGAAACACGACCAUGUGAGCAACGUCCUCUUCCCUUUCUCUCUCACUCUCAGUCGUCGUCCCCAUUUUGGAAGUUGGGCCUUCAUGCAUGGCCACCAUGCACCCUCCUCCUCCCCUCCCUCGAUCCACACAAUCCAACAUCAUAGUGGGCCUAGCCAUGGGCCGAGCUGCCCCACCCCCCAACACAACCACGUCAUGUCGUUCACGUCGUCCGUCGUCGCUUAAGAGAAUACCACUUGUGAGAGUUUCGAUGUGCAAGACUCGAUGCCUUGAACUACCUGCUAUUCUAGUUGAGUCGACGUUAUCGUGACGUGUCGAUUCACCUAAAGUUGAGAAUAAAAAUUGACCAGAUGAUGAACCUACCCGAAUCGGCUAUCACGUAGGCAGCUAGCUAGCUAGGUAGAUGGGAUUGAGGAAUUUAGCUUAGAUCGUAUUCGAUCAAGUGAUGAACGUCAAAACCUAGACUGUUUGGAUCGAAUAUGAGGUAGAGUAAGUCAAUAUCCAUGGCAACCGAUUAACGAGAUUGUGUGGCUGUGUGUGAUGAUUUUUUUUUUUUUUGUUACUAAUUGGAUUCGAUUGACACGCGUGAAAGGGCCGAUCGAGGUGAGAGCGGCUAUCUUCACAUAACCCUUGGAGAAAUCUACAGAGUAUGAGAGACAUCGUUAACAUGUCACACGACGUGCACAUAUGUUUCAUUUAUUAUCUAAUGAUGCAUAUUAUUCUCCAAGAAAUUAUAAAUUUUGAGGAGUAUAGUGAUUGCCGGAUCUCCUUCAGCGGCAAUAGUGAUUAACCCCCCUCUUUCGUGAUAAUUAUGUCACUUGAAGCAUGACGUUUGGGAUUAAAUCAGACACAAUUAAUGAUUGAUCAACUCAUUACCGGUUAAGCUUACCAUCGCCUAAUUAAGCCGAUAAGUAACAUCUUAAUUAGGAGGUUCGAUCAUGGCUGGGUUUCUGGUUUACAAUGGAGGGCCCAAGCCCAAGCCCAACCAUACUGUCUGCUACAAAUUGGGACAUGAUUGAGAUUUGGAGAUGGAAACAGCCAUGUGAUUAGGGUUUUAACUAUUCAAUUCUACUUUUACAAGGAUACGCCUCUGAGUAUUUUAGGCUACAAUAGGUUUGACAAAUUAUUGGCCUCUUAUCCUUGUACUUAUCAAACUGAAUUAAACACAAGACUUUGAAAACCAUCCAACUGCCACCACGUGUUCCAUUUCCGAGGUUUGUUACACCGAAUAGCAAUGAUGGUCCAAUACAUGGGUUGUUUGGAUGGAUAAAUUAUAAAACGAGACAAUUUGACCAAUUGUUUCAUUUUACAAAAUGAGUCAACUCAGAUUACCUACCCCACCCCAGACAAUUGUAAUUGACUCAAAAUGAGUCAAUUCAUAAUUCCCCAACCCAAAUUGCUUCGUUCAAAUUUUCUGCUACCAAACGGAUCAAUCUGGCACAAUUGGCUCAAAUAAGCAUAAAUAUUUCAU